AUGGAGAGAGUUGAUGAUGAUCAACUCAAGCGUUUGCAGGGAGAGAAGAGGUCGUUUGAUAUUCUAUCUCUAGCCAUGGAGAGAAUAAUGGUUAAACCUUUUACCUAUUAUGGGGAAAAAGAAGAAUCAUCCACCGAAGCUGAUCAUGCUAGUGUGAAGGAUAGCAAGAGAGAGAUGGAAAGGAUAACGAUGAGCUCCUGCAGCUCAGGCAAACGACAGAAGAUGAUUCAUGGGUGCGAAGACCAUAAACAAAACCCUAAUCAUGAUGCUUGUUCUACAAGUUUGUGCCAUGUAGAGUCCAAGAGGUGUGGACAAGUGGUUACCAACAAAAAGGAUAAAAUAAGAGAGCCCGUUGAAGAGAGGGGGAUGACACCUGAAUGGCUGGUUAAAGUGAUGAGAGAAGAGAAUGGUACGGACGUGAAGAUGAUAAAGAAGAAGGACCUUGGUAAAAGAUGGGGGCUUAACCUCAGGAGAUGGGAUAUGGGGUCCAAUUCCAACUACGUCUUGGCUUCAGGGUGGAACAAGGUCGCCGCCGAAAACGAGCUAGAGAUAGGCCAGACGCUUCGGAUUUGGUCCUUCCGCACCUUGGGGAACAAGGUUGUCGCCGGUGCGGACCGUACCCCAGACAAGCUCUUUAUUGCUUUCGCUCCUCUGGAUCCAGCUCCUGCUCCGGAUCUGGUUAGGGUCCCAGCUCCAUCUUCACCUCCGGCUCAAGCUGAGGCUCAAGAAGAGAGUGACAGAGUAUUUCCAGUUCCAUAUAAUAACUGGGAGGACCUAAAUAUAUUGGCUGAAGUGUGCGAGAGGACGACUCAUCUCGAGGCUUUACAAGAGGCAGAUAGGAGGAGCUCACUGGUCCCCGUCACAAAGCUUGACCUCGAGCUCCGGUUGUAA